GCGGGGGACGUGCCGCGCGAGCGACCAGAGCACCGAGUCGCCCCCGGCGCGGGCCCAGCAGCCAGGCGGGCAGGGACGGGCAGAGGCGCGCCGGCGAGCGGCGGCAGACAGCUGGUUCACUGCACACCACCAGUGGGGACGGACCUGAGCUUCAGCGGCCAGCGGCGUGGGCUGGACUGAACAGGCCCCAGGUCUCAGGCCUGCCCGAGUCCCCUUGGAACAGCUUCUGUCGGGGACGAGCAAGCAGCCCUUCUGGCCAUGGGAGGGGCCGUGGUGGACGAGGGCCCGACAGGCAUCAAGGCCCCAGAUGGGGGCUGGGGCUGGGCCGUCCUGCUGGGCUGCUUCGCCAUCACGGGCUUCUCCUACGCCUUCCCCAAGGCGGUCAGCGUCUUCUUCAAGCAGCUCAUGCAUGAGUUUGGGAUUGGCUACAGUGACACAGCCUGGAUCUCCUCCAUCCUGCUGGCCAUGCUGUACGGGACAGGCCCGCUCUGCAGCGUGUGUGUGAACCGCUUCGGCUGCCGGCCAGUCAUGCUGGUGGGUGGCCUCCUGGCAUCCCUGGGCAUGGUGGCCGCCUCCUUCUGCCAGAGUGUCAUCCAGCUGUACCUCACCACAGGGGUCCUUACUGGCCUGGGACUGGCGCUCAACUUCCAGCCGUCACUCAUCAUGCUAAACCGCUACUUCAGCAAGCGGCGCCCCAUGGCCAAUGGGCUGGCGGCGGCGGGCAGCCCCGUGUUCCUGUGCGUGCUGUCCCCGCUGGGCCAGGUGCUACAGGACCAGUACGGCUGGCGGGGUGGCUUCCUCAUCCUGGGCGGCCUGCUGCUGAACUGCUGUGUGUGCGCCGCUCUCAUGAGGCCCCUCGAGGUGCCCCGGGCGGGGGCGCAGGCGGGGGCAGGGCUGGGGCCCCAGCGGCCGGCCCCCCGGCGUCUGCUGGACCUGAGCGUCUUCAAGGACCGCGGCUUCCUUAUCUACGCGGCGGCCGCCUCCGUCAUGGUGCUGGGGCUGUUCGUGCCGCCGGUAUUCGUGGUGAGCUACGCCAAGGACCUGGGUGUGCCGGACGCGCGGGCUGCCUUCCUGCUCACCGUGCUGGGCUUCGUGGACAUCUUCGCCCGGCCCGCCGCCGGCUUCAUCACAGGGCUCCCCACGGUGCGGCCCUACUCCGUCUACCUGUUCAGCUUCGCCAUGUUCUUCAACGGCAUCACCGACCUCACGGGCUCCACGGCGGGCGACUACGGCGGCCUGGUGGUCUUCUGCAUCUUCUUCGGCAUCUCGUACGGCAUGGUGGGGGCCCUGCAGUUUGAGGUGCUCAUGGCCGUCGUGGGCACCUCCAAGUUCUCCAGCGCUAUCGGCCUUGUGCUGCUGCUGGAGGCCAUCGCCGUGCUCGUCGGGCCCCCAUCGGGAGGCAAACUCCUGGACGCAACGCACGUCUACCAGUACGUGUUCAUCCUGGCGGGGGCCGAGGUGUUGACCGCGUCCCUGGUGCUGGCGCUGGGCAACUUCUUCUGCAUCGGGCGGAGGCCCGCUGCGGACGCGGAGGGGCCGGAGUGCCCCAAGCCCCCUGCGGACGGCAGAGUGGACUCCAGGGAGGUGGAGCGGUUCCUGAAGGCAGAGCCUGAGAAAAACGGGCAGGUGGCUCACACCCCGGAAACGAGCGUCUGAGCCGGAGCCCGCGGGGCCCGUUCGUUUCACACAGGACUGGUGUGGGAAGCGGAGCGUCACCUGUACAGUAUUUGUCAGGGAAGGCGGCGGGUAGGAACCAGGUCAUUCCAAGCGGAUCUGCAGUAAAGCCAAGUCGAGGUCACCAGCCGUGUGCACCAGGUGCCUAGCCUGCUGACCCCUGA